GGUGCGUGGAAUACCCUUUAUCCAACAGCUGUUCGCGCUGCAUGUAGAACAAUUUCACAUGCUUUUUUGUGUCUUCAAGCUGGCCUGCUAAUACUCCGCGCUGAUAACCGAAACAGCAACGCUACUCCAUUUUUUCGCUUGUGCCUUCCAGGUGAACGAAUGCCGCUGAACGACAAGUUUAAACCUGACGCGGGAAGCUUGGUAGAAAGCCUCGGCCAUGUGUACCAAUCCGUAAUUCCGUGAAGUCUGCCACAAGUUCCGAGAUAUUCAUUUUCAAAUUCGGAUUUGUUGAAGCUGGCUCAAGAUGGGGAGGAGGAGAAGCAGUCUACCUCAUUCUAGUUGCAACCUAUUCUACCCUUACCACGAGGCUCAGUCGAUGGAGUCAUUGUAUCCAACAUUACACAAAAGUAGGUCAUACUGACUGAUUCAUCACUCUGUUUAGUACUCCAUUCGAAUGAAAUGCAUAUGUUCGACUUGGCUUCUGCUCAGUCGGAACUGGAACGCAUGCUGUCGACUGUUCUCGAGCGCCUAGAAUGUUUGUCAGCAGAAUCCAAAGGAAAAGAUCUCCCGGAAAAUAUCGUCAAUUUGCUGAAGCAGCGAGGAGAUACGGCCCUAACAGAUAUCAAUCAGUCUGCAUUUGGUCGACCAACGUCGCUUGUUGUUACUCCGAAUCCAGAUAAACCAUUAACCUUGAUUAUAUCGCAACAAACACGUCCGAUUCAUCAGACAUGUCUGCCUGCGCUCGAGCCCUCUUCUAGUCGCAAAAAGUUUCCUCCUGGUUCCCCAAGUGUGUGCAGAGUGAGCCGAUCUUCCACGGAUGUAUAUGCUGCACAAGUUUCAUCUACCUCCCCGGAUAAGAACCAGUCAUCCUCCAGCUAUGCGAUUCCAAAUAAAUUUUGGGAGCUGAUGGAACCUUACUGCGCCGAGAUCACAGAGGCCAAUAUAAGCUACUUGGAAAAUCUCAUUCGAUCUUAUCAGGACUUGGAAACCACUAUUUUACAGCCACUAUCCCUAAACCCCUCAGAAACUCGUUCAGCCGAUGAUGUCGUCCACUCUCCAGCUCCAAAGCGUCCAAGGCGAGAGAACAGUGUUUCGACCUGUCAUCAAAUCGAGGAUAGUACGGCUACCACGGAUCAGGCAGUUGGCGAAACGAUGUUCUCUCCUCGUGUUAGCCAGAAUCUACGCUUUAUCGAAAGCGAGUUGAGAAAACCGCCUAAUGAGGCUUGCGGACUGGAGAAGUUGUCUCAAUCGCUUUUGAACUCCUGCUAUCAGGAGAACGUUGUGUUCAGCUUUACAGAAUGUAUUCGUCAUUUCUCAGAAGACGCCAAAACGACAGAAGACUCAGCAAAAACUCAGGAACAAAGUGAGGAUGGGUCUGCUGUCUGUUCCUCCAGCACUAGUGAACUACUCAAAACCGAAACUGAUUCAAACCGUGACAGCUCUUUUGACGCAGACUGUACCAACACCGGCCAUUGCUUAGCGUUUCCGGUUCUGACAGAUGAAAUACGCCAUGCAAUAUCGGCAAAGGCGUGUCAACCCCUAAAAGCCUUGGCUAAACAAAUGCAUGUGAGUUCAUCAUACCGUGUGGAGAAAAAGAUAGCGCAGGCGAUGGACGAUCUGGGCUUGAUCCCACUGAAAAUGAACCAUCACACAGAUCCUAAGGACUGUCCUGAUCCAGUCAAAAUGGAGGAUUUUUUCGAGUGGAUACUUCGCUCGAGAUCACGGGCAGACCCCCAUCCGUCCGCAAAAACUACCAUGAGCACCCCUAGCUGUCCAAACUCUCAACCGUUUUCACCGAAUUCCAAAGAUAAUCGUACACUUCUUCCUUCGGAUACGGACGCGUCAACUACUUUGCGCUUUUCUUCGGUCAAACGUCGUCGCUCCUCUUUUGGUCGGGGUUUACGAUCUCCUACUGGUCACGCGAAAGAACCAUCCCCUCCCGAAACUGCAGAAUCAGACUCCCAUCGGAAUUUUUCCAUCAAACUGGAGGAGUCCGAUCAGAUGCUCUCGACCAAUGGUACCGCAGAGUCCGGUCAGCAUUACAGCGACCGAACGCUGCGUAAAAGCGUUCGACAGACAGGUUGCGUCAGAGCGUUGCGUAGUCAAACAAAUGGAUGUGACCCUUCACUGGAACAGUUGAACUGUUCACCUCACAACUCGCACGUUACUUCACCAAAACACACACGAGAACCUUUAGUCAACGGUGUAUGCUUCACUGAAGAUGAGGACGAGAUGGACGCAGUGAUUGCGCACGAAUUCGACCACUGCACUGGCAAUCGAACCGGUUUGGACGUUACUAGUUCCAAACGUGGCCGCACAGAAACUGCAUCCUCACCAGGACUCAAUUGCGUUCAACUGCCGAUUGAUGUUGAAUCGGGUAUUCAUCCAACCAAUCCAUCAUUCAAAUCUACAAACUCUACAAUGCAAUCAAAUGGUGAUGUGUUCACCUCUGAUCACCUGGCAAAUGGGACAGGCGAAGAGGCUGAUGUAGUCCGCAUACCGACUUCAGUGAAUUCUCUAUCGGAUGUAAACAAUCCAGAUGGAGGCCAAACAGUAGCCAACGAACACAGCAAUGCCUCGAAGCCUUUUGCUGAGGACCCCGGUCGUGUAGUUUGCGCGGCGUCCGACAAACCAAACGAACGUAAGGCGGACAAUGCCUUUCAUUUCCUCCUUCGCGAAUUCGGUGCUACUCAGGAUAGUACUCACAAGAUUGCCUUGCCAGUCACGCAGCAACCAGCGUUUGUCAGUUCAUCCUCAUCAGCUGUUCCAGUGGAGUCAGUAUCAGACGAAGUAGCUUUGGCUAUUCAGCAACGCCAACAGGAACUGCGUCUCGUAUGUGCAGAAAAUCAUGGAGUGCUACGUCGUUUGGUGCAAGCGGCUCGCCGGGAUAUGCAACGCCAAGAAAUCCAGCGACGAUUGGCAAUCGCAGAUGCCGAUGUGAUCGAGGCAUACAACAAACUGGAGAGCUAUCGUCCCCAUAGGAAGCCACCUCUGAAACGUGAUCGUGAUUCCGCCUACAAAGCACUGAAAGAACGCCGCAAAAUUUUGAAGGAGCUUGAGGCAUUCGAUACAAAAUCACCUUGAACUUUUUCUUCCGGCUAUUGUUAACACUGCGCACUGUACUAUCCUGUCCUGUCUUUCGAAUACGGUCGGCUCUGUUUCGCCGGGCAGCUCUCUCCCGUGUAUAUACUCCCAUCGUUUUAUCCUUAGACCUAAACUGUGUGGAUUACGUACUUUGACGCGUGUUGUCGCUGUUUCACCCAAUCGUUCCCCGUCCAUUUCCCAAUGUUUGAUCAGUUUACCCAAACUUUAUGCAAAAUCCCUUGAUGUAUCUUCGAAGCCCAAACACCAUCAGCACUCGACAAAAUGUUCGGAGCUUUUGUCCGUGUCCACUUCUUCCUUAUUCUCCUGGAAUACUUGUAUGAAGGUUCCUUCUCCCGCUUGACUAUGAAACGGGUGCCAACUCUGGCGGGGUUCUCCCGAUUAUCUUCAAAAUACCUUCUUUCUGGUAUCCAUUCAGGAAGUUCAGCUUUCCGCUUCGCCGCCAGAGUUCUCUUCGGUAAUUCUAUCCAAUAGUCAAAUGUACCUGUCUUGUUCCAACCAUCUGCGUUGUGUUUUUUUGUGAACAUACUCGGUUAAAUACAGCUGUUCAGC